AGAAAUAUGUCUGUGGAUACAAAUACCGUGUCAUUCACUACAGCACCAGGCUUUUGCCCACAAUGUGGAUCGAUUCUUCCUUUAUUGGAAGAAAAAGGCCUUGUAUCUUGUUAUUGCUGCAAACGAAACUGGGGACCUGAAGUGUACGGUAAUAUGGCUAUGUCUUAUACUAUUCAUUUUCAAUCAAAGAAUGCUUACACUCGUUUAAAAGAAACCGAUGAGAACGACCAAAAUGGUGAUGGUCCAGUAGUUGAACGUCUAUGUCCGCAGUGUGGAAAUGAAAAAAUGUCAUAUGCUACAUUGCAAUUAAGAUCAGCUGAUGAAGGACAAACUGUGUUUUACACAUGUACUAAGUGCAAAUUCAAAGAAACAGAAAAUUCAUGAUUUGAGUAUGUUUUGGAUUUUAUCCUUUUUAAAGUAAAGAAUUUUAAAUAUGGGAGUUUAAUUCAUUUAAAUACAAUUGCACGAUUUUCUAAUAAAACAUAGAACUUUAUUUAUAAUACACUCAACAAAUGAUGAAUGAGGAGGGUAUAAGUAUUUUUAUAACUCUACAGGGUCAAUAGUACAAUUUUGUUAUAACAAUAUAUGGAUAUCUUAAUUAAAUGGUAAUUAAGUAAUUUGAUAUAUACAGUAUGUCAGCAUAAAAGGUAACAAUUAUCUUAAUAAAUUCAUUUUGAUCCACUUUUAAAACUGUUAUGACGUAGUGGUCCUUUGAUUAAAAAA